UUCCAAAUGUCUCCGGUCAGAAUGACCGAUUGGAAAUAAAGCCCAGUUCAGACCAAAGAUUCACCUUGCAACGGCUUGCAACUCCUUGCGACGAGACGGGCUGCGACGUUCUAAAACUGGGCCGUUCACACUGGCUGCAACGCGCUGCGACGCUAGGUGGUUUCCAUAGCAACUGUGAACGCUCUGGCACAGCUGAGAGCCGUAACAUCAGAAAAAAGCGCAUUCAGUCACGAGGAGAUUCAACCUUUUAAAUUGAGCCGAAAUACUUUUGAAUGUGUUAAUUUGAAUUGUGUUUAAAUAUGCUACAGUGGUCAUUUGUUUAGCCAAUUCAUGUAAAACAAUGAGGGUUUUGAUUGUAGCGUAGCCUGUGUGAUAAAAUAAAUAGGCCUAAGUUGUUACAUUUCGUGCACACGCUCAAAUUGAUCGCUAUAGAAUACCGUAGGUUUAUGAACUAAACGGCGGCAAUCUAGCGAAAGCCGUUGGCAAGCUUUGUUGCGGAGUAGGCUACCGGUAUCUAUUAAACAUGGCGAAUCAAAAUAUGAUCACCCACUUCUUCAAAUCAAGUAGCAGCAGCGGCGGGUCUGACGUCACACACACACCUCCACCUGUGUCAGAAGAGGCGGCUGCUGUGCCCGUGGCUCCAGCAGAAAAGAGGAGGGAAAACGCGGGCGUUCAGGCCGGACUGGAAAGAGAAGUUCCCCUGGGUGAGGUGCGAUAUUGUAGAGGAUGAGGAGAGGCUGUUUUGCGCUCAGUGCGAAAAAUCAGGGAGGAAGAAUGGCUUCACUCGGGGGUCCGCAAAUAUGCGAUUCUCAAGUUUAACAGAGCACAGUCAGUGCAAUGAUCACAUUUCGGCUGCCAACCUAAAACAGCUACAAAUGGCCAUGAAAGGCCAAUGUGAGAAAGCCACCGACUCCUCCAAAAAAAAGUUGUGCUCGCAGAUGAAAGUUGUGUUUCACAUGGCCAAACACGACAUCCCGGGUCAUCAGUAUGUGGGGAUGACAGAACUUCUGAGAGCAGUUCAGGCCCCGGAUUUCACCACAUCUGAGGGGCUUUACCGGCACAGCGAAUCCAUCUGUGACAUGGAAAUGGCUCUCGAGGAUGUGGUGUUGAAGGGAUUGGAUGAGAAAAUACGAGCCAGUGAUUACAUCGGGAUCAUAAUUGACGAGACCGUCAACAUAACGGUUGACAAAAAGUUGAUACUGUAUGUAAAAUUGCAAGUGAGUGGAAGAGUGGAGACGUGCUUUGUGGGAAACUACGACGUACACUCCGGGACGGCACAGUGUAUUUUUGAUAAAGUAGCGGAGAUUCUCCGCGGCAGGAAUGUGGAGCUGUCCCGCGUAAUCGGACUGGGCUCGGAUGGAGCCAGCGUAAUGAUGGGGAGGCAUGCUGGAGUUGGCGCUCUCCUGAAAAAAUAGUGCGUUUUCCAUCCAGGUGCACUGUGUUGCCCAUCGUACUGCGCUGGCCGCGAUAGAUGCCGCUAAAGCUGUGGACCGAGUAGGAGCCUACAAGCGCACAAUUUCCACUGUGUACUCAUUCUACAAACACUCAGCUAGCAGGACCAAUCGCCUCCGUCAAUUAACAGCAACUCUGAGCGAAGAGGACAUGACGAGUCUGAAGCAGCCAUGCGCGGUCCGCUGGCUGUCAUUGCAUAGGGCAGUGGAGAGUAUUAAAAAGAACUGGCCUGCUUUGGUGAUGGAGCUAAAUGAAGAAGCUGUGGGAGGAAAUGCCCAAGCCCAAGGCCUCCUGGGACAAAUCCAGCCAUACAGCUUCAUCGCCUUGAUGCACACACUGGCUGAUGUUCUCCCCGUGAUGACCAAACUGAAUUUGGUUUUCCAGAAAGAGGAUGUAAAUCUGGCCACAAUCCGACCAAUGGUUCAAGCAUCCGUCUCGGCCCUCACACAUCUACGAGAUGCACCCGGUCCAGAAGAACAGAGGUACCAAACGGAUUUCCAAGAAGGCAUGUACAAAGGCAUUCAAGUGACCCAUGCAGGCGACCGGUCCGUUCAAGCCUUCAAAAAUGCCCGAACAAGAUACAUUCAACACCUGAUCGAUGCUUUACACGCCCGUUUCCCUGACGAUUCCCUGGAUCUGCUUAACUGCUUCGACGUCCUUCUUAAUCCCUCCCGAUACCCACAGACAGCUGCACUUCGGGAGUAUGCAGAACCAGCCAUCCAAACCAUGCUGGGUCAUUUUGGCCAAGAAAUUGCAAGCGAGGACGAUUCGGCCACAGCCACCACAUUCAUCGAUGCCGCAAGCGCGAAGCGAGAUGCCAUCCCAAUGAUGACAGCCCUCCGCAGUUACGGGGGCUUGCAUUUUUCAUCGGCCUGCGAGAUGCUCAUAAGAGAUUACGCGGAAAUCUUCCCAGAGUGGGUCAAACUGGCAAAGGUAGCCUGUGUUAUCCCCGUCUCCAGUGUGCCAGCGGAGAGAGGCUUCUCCCUGCAGAACCGCAUAAAGACUGCUCAGCGAAGCCGCCUUGGGGAAGGAAGAGUCACAAGGCUUAUGCGCAUUGCAAGCAGCAGAGACACACUAGAUACAUUUGACUUUAAUUCAGCAGCGGCACGCUUCACAGCUGCCAAAUAUCGAAAGAAGUAAAAUAUAUUUUUUAUUUAUUUUUUGCUGCCUAGUUCAAGUCGCGGCCGGCAAUUCACUGUUUCUUAUCCACUUUAAAAUACUCCGGUCUCUUGUUACACUGUAGCGUAAUUAUUUUCAUUACAGUCUGCAUUUUAUAAUGUUACGCGCCAGUUUGUUUUACUGUAGGUAGCCUACUUUGUAUUGUUUUAGGCUAUUAUUAUUUAUGCCUUGCCUUGCAUUAUAGACCUAAAUAAUUUUUGUUCGUCUGCACUUUAAAAUGCAAUGUUUAAUUGUUCUGUCACCUGCCAACCUUUUAAUUAAAAACACCAGGCUAUAAAUCGA